AUGGAGCACCCGUCCAAGAGACGGAGAAUCGAGCGGAAUCUGGGAGGACCGGUCGAAGGUCUCAAUCUCAACAAUGGCAGAGAACGAGCGGUCAGUUUGGGUGGCUCAAGCAAGAACGAGAAGCCAAUAAUGCCCAAGCUUGUGCUCCCUCCGCACGGAGCGCCAGGACAUCCUGCGCAUGGGGAUCAAGCCGUGGGUGCUUCUAGCCAAGGUGUUGACCGUCCUCACUACCCUCUGGAGUCUGCAGACACGAAGCCCACGAGGGUUCAUGCCCGACAAAUCGUGCAACCCUCCGAGCCCACAGUACCAAACACCAGCGAGGCGAUGUCUUAUCCGAGCGGUAAUCCAACCUCAAAUCCAUACCCAGGUCAAGUGGUACCUCCAGCAGGUGUCGCUGCUGCAGAUGCAAGAAACCAGGCACUCGAAUCACAGCAGGCUCAAGCUCAGGCUGUUGCCGUGAAGCAAUUGGAUGCUAUACCGCAGGCGCCAGCUCCUGCCCCAGCAACUCAUGCAGCAGCCAGCGCCAGCUCAAAUGCUAUGAACGUCCCCAACUCUUCGUCACAGCAAAUAGUCAAGGCACCUUCAACGCCUCCGCCAUCCAAUCCGUCGCCAACACCAGAGUCCUCUGCAUCAUAUUUUUCCGCCUCACCUGCAUCAUCACCUAGUCCGAGUCCGCAACUUACAUCAAGCCCUUCCGCUCCAUCACCUACAUUUACUCCGAACAAACAUGAAUUCGCUACUAAUCAUAAUGGUACUAUGUCAGCUUCUACCACAACAUCCUCAAAUCCGAGUAGGCUAAGUUCAGAGUCAGGGACCUUGUCUCCCUCUCUCUCCGCACUGCCGACGGUAUCGCAGUCUUCAUUAGCAAGCAUCUCUACUAUGAUGACUUUCAUCUCUGAUGCAACGAAUCCUAGUGCAUCCCUCCAGACCCAAGCCUCUGGCACAAGCUCUGAACAAACAACAUUCACACCUGCUACACUCGCUACAUCAGGAUCUGCACCAGCAUCGUCACAGCUCUCGAGCCAAGCAUCAUUAGCAUCCGUAAUGUCCAGCGCCAGUGCCGCAGGUGCUGGAGGAAGUGGCAAUUCGGGCAACACAGCCCCGACUCCUUCACCUUCAUCAAGCUCAAAUGGCGGCGCGGGCGGCAAUGGUGCACCACCUACACAGGACCUCGUCGGUGGUAUCGUCGGUGGCGUCGCAGGCCUGGCCAUGAUCUUCGUUAUACUUCUCCUGUUGUUCCGUUGGCGACGAGGCAGGCUUGGCAAUCGGAGAACUAUAUCUCCGCCUGUCCCUCAGACCAUAGGCCACGGAGGUGUGCCGGAAUCCGGUAAUAUGACCCAACGAUCCAGCACCGCUCCUAUAGCCGCCGCUGGCUUCUUUCGAAGUCUAAGACCUGCUUCAUCUCAAACAGCGACCACUGCCGACACCGUUCCUAGCGAACGAGGCUUCCAGAAGAUCUCUGGAAGAAAGCUCCCAUCUGUACUGGCGUCUGGUGGUGAUGGCUGGGGUGACCCUCCUGCUGCCGGUCCUAGUGCUGGACCUACUGGAGCCGCAGCUGGGCUAGGUAUGGCUGCAGGCGUUGCUAAAGGCCGAAGCCCUUUCGAUGAUCCCCCGCCUGGUCAGCGACCUUCUCCAUCCCAUUCACUAUCAGGUUCAUCCUUUUACCGUGACUCCCACGGUUUCUACGGCGGUGUCGUGCCAGAAGAACAGACCGAAGCAUCCAGCUCUCCUGGAUCUUCAUCGUCACCAACGUAUUUUGCACCUCUAGGGGCUGCCGCCGGUCGUUCGAAUGUCCCACUAGGUCAUGGAAGCCCGAGCCGUCGGGAUGAAGCAGCACAGAUGCGACCCGGUCCUGCUCGUACGCCUGUCAUAAACCAGCCCGGCUUUGGCUCAAUCCGUGGCGGUGCACCUCCAAGGCCUGUUCGCGCUACACCGCCACCAGCUGGACUCGUUCCUGUUCGAGAUGGUCUUGGCCGGAGUCAUCCUAGCCAAGAUGGCUCUCGCGGGUCUAGAUUCAGAGAGGACACCACACCACCUUGA